UCCUAUUUAUGAACAUCUUGAACAAACUCUACACAGCCGUCCGUUGACUCUGAUAAAGAACCUCUAUUCAAACUUCUCAGAGACAUGGCAAAGAACCUCGUCAAGUACUCUGUGGUAGACGCAUUCACCGACUCACCGUUUAAGGGAAACCCGGCGGCUGUUUGCUUUCUAGAGGAAGACAGGGACGAUCUAUGGCUACAAUCGGUGGCUGCUGAGUUCAAUAUCUCCGAGACGUGCUACGUGAGUCGAAUCACUGAGUCAGAGGCUCACGACCCGCCUAAUGGGUCUUCUGUAAUUCCUAGGUUCCGUCUUAGGUGGUUCACUCCCCUUGCCGAGGUUGAGCUUUGUGGGCAUGCAACAGUAGCAGCUGCACAUGCUCUAUUUACAUCUGGAAAAAUAGAUUCUGACAUUAUUGAAUUCGCCACGCUGUCUGGAAUUCUAACUGCUAAAAGAGUUCUUGAGGUUAAUGAGGUUGCUGAUGGCUCCAAUAUUCAUAAUGGUGAAGCACACAAAGGCUUCUUAAUUGAACUUAACUUUCCUGCCGAUCCAAACACCGAAUUCAAUUCCGCCGAGGAAACAUUGAUCUCCAAGGCCUUGGGCGGUGCUACUGUGGUUAAAAUAAGAAAGACAACUAAUUUAGAGAAUCUCAUUGUUGUGCUCCCAUCAGCAAAAUCUGUUGCAGAAAUAAGGCCAGACUUUGGUGCAAUAGAAAAAUGUCCAGGAGGCGGGAUAAUUGUGACAGGGAUCGCUCCACCGGAGUCCGGAUUUGAUUUUCACAGCAGGUUCUUUGCACCAAAGUUUGGAAUCAAUGAGGAUCCUGUAUGUGGGAGUGCACAUUGUGGCUUGGCACCUUAUUGGAGUAAGGAACUGGGAAAGUGUGAUCUUGUUGCAUACCAGGCAUCACCAAGAGGAGGAGUCUUGAACCUUCAUUUGGAUGAGAAAAACCAGAGAGUGCUUCUACGAGGAAAAGCCUGUACUGUGAUGGAAGGAACUCUUUUGGUUUAAAUUUAUCAUUUUAAA